AUGGACUUGCAACAGCUGCAGCAGCUGCUUCAGCAACUGCAAACCGACAAUCAAAGGCUGCAGCAGCAAGUCACUCACCUGACAGCACAAUGCCCUGUGCCUGUGCCUGAGAAGUUUUCUGGGCAGCCGGAGAUGUUCCCGGCCUUCGUGGCAGUGUGUCAGCUCUACAUGGCAAUGCGGCUGGAGGACUUCGCAGACGACCUGGCCAGGGUGGCAUUCAUCAUGAACCUUCUGUCCGGCUCGGCUGCCCAAUGGGCCACACUCCUGGUGCUGCAGAACAACCCCUUGAUGGCGGACUACCAGGGGUUUUGGCGGCAACUGCGCCCAUGUAUGAGGACCCCGCGCGGACCCUAA